AUGAAAAUGCUUCUACAACACUUCCUUCUUGUCACAAUGAUCUUCACUGGUUCGGUGUAUUCCGGUUCGUGUCUUGAUCCUAAACUUCAUGCAAAUGAUAAGAACGGAAAUCUCAUUUCCUCUGCGAAACUAAGUCGUCGCCUAAUGAGUGUUGAUCAUCAUCAAGUUGAGAAUUCAACAAGAAGAAAGCCUAAGAGCCAACCAAGAUCAUCUUCAACCCGAUACGUGGUUAAUGUCGACAACUUUGGAGCCAAAGCUGAUGGAACUGAUGAUACGCAGGCAUUCAUGAAAGCUUGGGACAAGGCAUGUUCUACAAAAGGAAGCAUUUUGUUAGUGCCAUCAAGUAAAGUGUAUCAUCUUAAACAAAUUAUUUUUGAUGGUCCUUGUCAGUCGGAUAUUACAAUGAGGAUUCAAGGGAAAAUUAGAGCUUCUACAGAGAGAUCAGACUAUGAGAAGGAUCCAAGGGUGUGGAUUAAAUUUGAGAAUCUGAUCAACUUUAGUGUGGAUGGUGGUGGGGUUAUUAGCGGAAAUGGACAAGUUUGGUGGCCUAAAUCGUGUAAAAUUGACAAGUCACAGCCUUGUAUUGGAGCCCCAACGGCUGUAACAUUUUCGAAGUGCACAAACCUCAAAGUGACGAAUAUUACGAUUAAAAAUGCGCAACAAAUGCAUCUCACAUUCCACGAGUGUUCAAACGUUGAAGGAUCGAAUCUAAAAGUAAAAUCCCCGGGAAAAAGUCCAAACACAGAUGGAAUUCAUGUCACUGGUUCCACUAACGUUCAGAUCCUCAAUUCUGACAUUGGAACAGGUGAUGAUUGUAUCUCCAUAGUAAGUGGAUCCGACAACGUUCGAGCAAUGGGAAUAAAGUGUGGACCUGGUCACGGAAUCAGCAUUGGAAGUCUUGGAAAAGAUGGCGCCGAGGACCGAGUCUCCAAUGUAUUGGUCAGUGGAGUCACAUUUACUGGAACUACAAAUGGAGUCCGGAUUAAAAGUUGGCAGGGAGGACGAGGAUACGCAAAAAACAUUGUCUUCCAAAAUAUCAAGAUGCUAAAUGUGACAAAUCCCAUUAUUAUUGAUCAAUUCUAUUGUGAUAAAAAGGGGCACGACUGUAAAAUGCAGAACAAUGCAGUACAUAUAGAGAAUGUAUUAUACAAGAACAUAAUUGGAACAAGUGCAUCAGAUGAAGGGGUCAUAUUUCAAUGCAGUAAAGCAUUUCCAUGUGAAGGUGUUAAGAUGCAAAAUGUUCAAAUAAAGCACAAUGGGCGCAGCAGCGUGGCUUCUUGUUCAAAUGUCAAUGUUCAAGAACUGGGAGCAAACACACCCAAAUGUCCUAAACAUUGA